AUGCCGAAAGUACCAAAUGGAAAAGCAAAGGCAAUAUUAAUUACUAUUCCACGUGGCACUGUGCCUGUGUGGCACACCAAUGUGCAGAACUGGGGUAUCUACAGCGUCACUCCAGGAUCAGUUGCUUGGGCUGCAGUUAUUAGUGUUGCUGUGGCCGAGAAUCCAGGGCCUUCAGUUGCUCAAUCUGGACCUGCCGUUGCUCCUGGCCUGGUAGACGCAGAAGUUGAGGUUUCAGAAGUUUCAUUGAGUGCUAAUGUGCGAGGGAAAAGAGGAAGGAAAGUUACUGGUACUUCUGGAUAUCAAUGUGCUACUACAAGAUCUCAAAAGUAG